AUGGAGGUGGUUGAAUCACGAGCACAACUAUCUCAGUCUUGGCCAUGCAACUUCAACCAGGGCUCCGGAGCACCUUUGAGUACUGGUUAUUCUUCUAAAGAGGUUGAUAUUGGCGAAGUAGAAGAGGACGCUGCUCAAUUGUGGGGUGCUGUUCUGUCGAAUGAUGGCGACUGGGACCCAACUAUUCAAGGCUCGAAUGGCAAGCUCAUGUAUCCUCUGAGGUCCAUUCGAACAGUACUGAACGGAUCAUUCGCCAUCGCUCAGAUGAUCAUGACACGAAGCUAUGGAGUAGUAUGA